AUGCGGUGGCAAUUCAUCGACUCGUCCAACAAUAGUCGGUCCAAUUUGACACAAGUCAAGCGCCAUGUUAUGCAAGAAUACAUGCGCCAGAAGAAAGGCGGCAGUCACCAAAGUGAAAGCGAAGACGAGACACCACAACCAAAACGCGGGCGGCCUAAGAAGUCUCGGGCUUCAAAGCGAAAUACUGGAAAGAAAUCGAGAGUAUACAGCAAUGAGACUAAAGGGAAAAAUCCAGCUAAGCUGGAUGAGCCGCCUCAACCGACCGAGGACCAAGACAUUGAGGAAAUCAGCCGAGAUACAUUUGUUCAGCACGUCACGUCAAAUACUCUGUUCAUCCAAGGUGACGAAAUACUCUCAUUCUUGCCUUUCCGACCAUCUCCAACCCAAUCUCCUGCUGUUUUCAUCCCGCCACAUGAAUUUGUCGACAUAUUCCCGCAAAGCGCUCGAAGCCAUACUCUGGAAUUCAAUACCUUCCCCUCUCAGUCAUCAGCGCCGACAACGACAUAUGAUCUCAUGCAUUCACCGAAAACCAUCAUGAGUGCAGCCCGGACAGACCCCUUUAACACCCUUCCCCUAGAAUUGGAUCUAGAUGAACAGAGAUUAUUUGAUUUCUACGUGAAUACCAUGCCCGCGUGCUCUUAUGGCUCCCAUUUCCGCUCGGCCAAGGCCCACAACUGGUAUACUGCUGUUUUUGUACCGGAGGGAAUGAAAGGUGCCGUCGCGUUCCAAAAUACCAUCAUGGUCCAUGCGGCCAACACAUGGGCUUGGGUGCGUAGCGAGAGCGAAACACCAGACACUCUUUUGCAUCGAGAUCGCGCCGUUACUAUGCUUCGCGAACACCUCACCAACAACCCUCGUGAUAUCUCCGAUGUCGCGAUCAUCUCAUGUCUCAGCGCGGCGGCCCUAGAAGAUUUCGACCCAAGACCAGGUCACAAAGAAAUCAGCUGGGUGCACAUGCGCGCCGCACGCGAGAUGAUCCGGGCCCGUGGCGGUCCUGCUGCAUUCGCGUACACCCGUCUGGGCAAGCUCAUCAAUUGGCAAGAUUAUAUCCUGUCCGGGUAUGAAACCCAUGGGCCAAGCUUCUUCUACGAGUAUGAGCAACCAGCUCCCGUCACCUCUGAACCACCACACCAAUCCAUCCAGAAUCUCCACUCAAUGCCAUCACCACCAUAUUCCACCUCCUCGGUCGUAGACCUCUCACCCAGCCCGGAAGCAAAAACCCAACCGGCAUUCCCUCCACCCACAACAACAACCCCAGUUGACGAAAUCAAGCUCCAAUGCGAAGAGUUCCUUGAUCUCCUUCGUCGUUGUGAACAACUCUCCCUGUACCAGCGUGACAACCCCGAAUCCUCUCACUUAACCCGCCAAACCGCCGUCCAAGAACCAUCCAUCCUCCACCAAGUCCUCAACGCACCCCCAGGAGCACGCUUCACCACAUCCGGUAACAGAAAACAAAUGGUCUCCCGGAUUACAGCUUUAAUAAUACUCAACGCUGCCCUCUGGGACUACAGGUAUACACCCGUCCGCGCAGGCAUUUUCCUCAACACACUUGAGACAGCAAUGAUCGACAGCGAAGUUGGAAUGAGCGGCUCUGUCGAAGCAAUUCUCCAGAUACUGUUGGAAUGCGACGACGGCUACAUCGCUGAUGAGUUUACUGCUGCGGCUACUGUUGAAGAUCCGCCUGAUUUCUCGCAAUACGGACCCUCGGCUACUUCACCUUCUGCGCGUCCGUGGUAUGCUGGUCGUAUGUUGAAAAUUGCUAAAAGACUUCGUGCUGAGACUUGGUACCGGGUCAGUGACUUUUUGUUCUCGUGCUUGACGUUGCAAGUGCGGGAGCCUUGUAUGGCUCUUUGGGAGGCGGAUCUUCGUCAGGAGAUUCUUGACGCUCCUUUGACGAGUUAUCUUAUGCGCUCGUUGAUUGAGUGA